CCUACACUUAGGCCUAAACCACGGUGCAGCAGCAGCAGCAGCUCUCGGGGCAGGGCAGAGGAGGCUGGUCUCCCUGUGAUUUCUCUCCCACUGCUUCUUUCCUUUCUUCUAUCAUUAACUCUCUGCAAAGUAACCCCAGAACAUCUCCCAGAUCUCCAGGAACCGAGGAGAACAAAGCCAGUCGUCACCAUGUCGUCGGUGCUUCCUCACCUUACCUGCGUCUUCCUCCUGGCCCUCUGGGGCUGGAGCUGCUCCAGCAUGGCCUUCCCCUUCAACAUGUCCAUGGACGGAAGCGGGGAUGAGCCAGAGCUGAUCUUCCCCACGUCCCGCAGCACCUACGUCCCACCUCCACUAUCAGCAUCCCCUUCUCCUCCGCCCAGCAUCACCACCACCUUCAUCCGCCUCAAGGACUUCCUGUUCAACCGCGUGGUGGACUUCUUACGGGACAACCUGCUCCUGAUCACUGUGGUGAUGUCUCUGCUGGUGGUCUUAAUCUUUAUCGUGUGCUGCGCCUCAGCCAUGAGUCACAAGCGUAAGCUGGAGGCCUACUACCCGCCCAAGAAGUACGUACCCCGGAAGUACAUGGCGGGACAAGGGCCAGACCGGCCCCAGCAGCAGCAACAGCAACAAGGCCAGUCCCAGCACAAACCCCAGACCACCACCAACUACCACCGCACCCCAUCCAAGGCCCUGGUGGGUGAGAAGGAGGGUAAAGACCCCAGACCCAAGCCGCAGGAGGUGCAGAAACAAGUGGAGGAGGUGGAGGAAGUGGAGGUUCCGAAGGUAGUGGAGAAGAAGAAGGUGGACGAGCUCAAGCCCAGUACUUCUACUGCAGGAAACGGCCAGGUGAUGGUGUGCACAUGCCACCUGAAGAAAGCCCACUGAGGGGGAGCCCAAGUGGCUGAGGAACAACUUCUGGAAUCGUUUGGAUUUGCUGGGAAUUACACCUUGGAUUUGGACUUGUUUCCAAGUUCAGAUGUUUCUGUUGCUCUGGGAAACACUCCCAGAAUUUCCUGUGUUCGAGUCACCACUUAUACAGCAUUGUAGCAAACUACUUAUUGAAGGUUGCAAGUGAAUUUCUGCACAUUCAUUACCAGUUAAAACAGUUAAAUUCCAGAAUGCACUAAUUGAAAAUCUAAUUUACCAAUACUUUAUUCACAAUAGAUCAUAAAACACACAUCAGAUGUUACAAAAGAGACAUUUUACCAUUUCCUAACUCAAAAUAUUAACUCUUUUAGAACUUAAUGGCAGCAACAGGUCUUUAAGAAGUUGGAAUAAGGCAACACAAGGCUGGAAAAGUAAGUGGUGCUCAUAAAAAUAGUUGUAAUAUGAGGAAUAUAAAAAGAGAAUUUCUCUCAGAAGCAAAGAAGGGCAGAGAUUCACUAAUUGUUUAUUAAAACAUUUCAGAAUUAUUUUUUUCUGAAAAUGUGUUCCUUGUCAAGACUUCAGAGAAUCUAGAGAAGUUCCUGUGUGUAAGGAACUGGAUAUUAGAUGCUGGUGAUCUUUCCUCAGGUGGCUCUGCAUUAAUAACAGGCUGUACUGAUUCAGUACUGGAAAUCACUGGAUGAGCUGUAAUUCUCUAAUGCAAGCUGAAUCAUCCAGAGAAGAAGGUAUAUGUCAACACCAAUCAGAAAGGCAUUAUUAAUUUAGAAAACAACACGAUUUUUCAUUAAUCAUUUGUUAAUAUUAUGUGAUUUGGCAGUUUUGGCAGAUUGGUGGAACUCGUAGCUUUAUAAAGGGAAACGGAUGCGUUUGUUAGCAGCUCAUAUGU